CUGCUCUUCAUGAACGUCCCUACAAAAUAAUUAAGCACGGACAGAGCAGAAGAGAGAGGAGAGGAAGAACCCAAUUUCCGGUAGACAUUCACCGAUCUCUCUUUCAUCCCGGCGGGAAGUUUCCGAUCCGGCCAGCCUUAUUCUCCGGCUCCGCCAUCUGAAUCCGACCAUGGGAAGAGUGAAGCGGAUGGUGCUGUAAUUGGCUUGAACAUAUGCUUGUUCUUGUUCUAUGUCUUACUGACCUUCAUAAAUCGCAAAGAUGUCUGGCCAAAACCAGCGGUUGAAUGUUGUUCCAACUGUUACCAUGCUUGGAGUUAUGAAGGCUCGCCUUGUAGGCGCUACAAGAGGCCAUGCUCUGCUCAAGAAAAAGAGCGAUGCUUUGACCGUACAGUUCCGACAGAUCCUUAAGAAAAUUGUCACUACAAAGGAAUCCAUGGGAGAUAUAAUGAAGGAGUCCUCGUUUGCCCUGACCGAGGCCAAGUAUGUCGCCGGUGAGAACAUCAAACACACUGUCCUGGAGAAUGUCCAAAAUGCAUCUCUCAAGGUCCGGUCAAGGCAAGAAAACGUUGCCGGUGUGAAGCUUCCUAGGUUUGAGUAUUUCACUGAUGGCGAGACCAAGAAUGACCUCACAGGGUUGGCUCGAGGUGGUCAGCAGGUCCAACAAUGUCGAGCUGCUCAUGUGAAAGCUAUAGAGGUCCUCGUCGAGCUUGCUUCACUUCAAACAUCAUUCCUGACACUUGAUGAGGCAAUCAAGACCACAAACCGUAGGGUUAAUGCUCUAGAGAAUGUUGUGAAGCCAAGGCUAGAGAACACCAUUACCUACAUUAAGGGUGAGUUGGAUGAGCUUGAAAGAGAGGACUUCUUUCGGUUGAAGAAGAUUCAGGGGUACAAGAAGAGGGAGCUUGAGAGGCAGGUCGCAUGUGCCAAGCAAUUCGCGGAAGAUAAGUUUGCAGAGAAGGUUUCCUUGCAGAAAGGGAUUUCAAAAGACUCGGCUCAGAACUUGUUGUCCUCCGCAAUGGAGAAGGACGAGGAUAUAAUCUUCUGAUAAGAUGUGAUGUGGAUUGAGAUAUUCUUUCUCAGGUAAUCUUUGUUUGAUUUGGCUCUGCAACAUCUCUGUCUUGGAGGUUUCGUAAUGUAAUGAAUAAGGGCUAUUUAUUUUAUGUUCAUAUGCGGCUUCUUCUCUGAUCGGACCCCCUUGCCUUUGGUCUCAAGCAUCCUGACAGUGGCAACCUCUAUUUAUUUUUACUACUAUUAUUAUUCUCUCACUAUUCCCUUGCUUCUAGAUGAGAUGUUUACUGUAAUUUGUCGGAUCAUUUCGCAGUUCAUGCAAUGAAAGAUGGUUUCCCA